AUGCCUGUAGUUCACUUCCUCCUCAGGAAGGUGAUUCCCUUUCACCAGAUACGCUGCGGAUUCGUAUCCAAAUCCAAGCCGCAGCACAAUUUGUCUUACGAAGUUUCAUCGUCCAGUGGAGUGAUCGAGUCAUCUGUGGUGCCUCUAAAGAUACACACUUUUAAUGCAGCAGCCAGUGGAGUGUUCGAGUCAUCGGUGGUGCCUCUAAAGGGUCACACUCUCAAUGCCGCAUCCAGUGGAGUAAUCACGUCUUUGGUGGUGCCUUUAAAGGGCCACAUUCUUAGUGCCGCGUCAACGUCAGGUGGAGUGAUCGAGUCAUCACUGGUGCCUCUAAAGAUCUACACUUUUAAUGCAGCAGCCAGUGGAGUGUUCGAGUCAUCGGUGGUGCCUCUAAAGGGUCACACUCUCAAUGCCGCAUCCAGUGGAGUAAUCACGUCUUUGGUGGUGCCUUUAAAGGGCCACAUUCUUAGUGCCGCGUCAACGUCCAGUGGAGUGAUCGAGUCAUCAGUGGUGCCUCUAAAGAUCUACACUUUUAAUGAAGCAGCCAGUGGAGUGUUCGAGUCAUCGGUGGUGCCUCUAAAGGGUCUGACUCUCAGUGCAGCGCCCAGUGGAGUGUUCGAGUCAUCGGUGGUGCCUCCAAAGAGGCACACUGUCAGUGCCGGGUCCACGUCCAGUGGAGUGAUCGAGUCAUCAGUGGUGCCUCUAAAGAUCUACACUUUUAAUGAAGCAGCCAGUGGAGUGUUCGAGUCAUCGGUGGUGCCUCUAAAGAGCUACACUUUUAAUGCAGCAGCCAGUGGAGUGUUCGAGUCAUCGGUGGUGCCUCCAAAGAGGCACACUGUCAGUGCCGGGUCCACGUCCAGUGGAGUGAUCGAGUCAUCAGUGGUGCCUCUAAAGAUCUACACUUUUAAUGAAGCAGCCAGUGGAGUGUUCGAGUCAUCGGUGGUGCCUCUAAAGAGCUACACUUUUAAUGCAGCAGCCAGUGGAGUGUUCGAGUCAUCGGUGGUGCCUCCAAAGAGGCACACUGUCAGUGCCGGGUCCACGUCCAGUGGAGUGAUCGAGUCAUCAGUGGUGCCUCUAAAGAUCUACACUUUUAAUGAAGCAGCCAGUGGAGUGUUCGAGUCAUCGGUGGUGCCUCUAAAGGGUCUGACUCUCAGUGCAGCGCCCAGUGGAGUGUUCGAGUCAUCGGUGGUGCCUCCAAAGAGGCACACUGUCAGUGCCGGGUCCACGUCCAGUGGAGUGAUCGAGUCAUCAGUGGUGCCUCUAAAGAUCUACACUUUUAAUGAAGCAGCCAGUGGAGUGUUCGAGUCAUCGGUGGUGCCUCUAAAGGGUCACACUCUCAUUGCAGCGCCCAGUGGAGUGUUCGAGUCAUCGGUGGUGCCUCCAAAGAGCUACACUUUUAAUGCAGCUGCCAGUGGAGUGUUCGAGUCAUCGGUGGUGCCUCCAAAGAGGCACACUGUCAGUGCCGGGUCCACGUCCAGUGGAGUGAUCGAGUCAUCAGUGGUGCCUCUAAAGAUCUACACUUUUAAUGCAGCAGCCAGUGGAGUGUUCGAGUCAUCGGUGGUGCCUCCAAAGAGGCACACUGUCAGUGCCGGGUCCACGUCCAGUGGAGUGAUCGAGUCAUCAGUGGUGCCUCUAAAGAUCUACACUUUUAAUGAAGCAGCCAGUGGAGUGUUCGAGUCAUCGGUGGUGCCUCUAAAGGGUUACACUCUCAGUGCACCGCCCAGUGGAGUGAUUGAGUCAUCGUUGGGGCCUCUAAAGAGCUACACUUUUAAUGCAGCAGCCAGUGGAGUGUUCGAGUCAUCGGUGGGGAUUCCAAAGAGUCACUCUUUCAGUAACGGGUCCAGUUGA